UUGGGGGGAAGACGGUCCAGGUUGCAACUUUAGUACAAACGAGCCCCCUAGAGCGGAGAAACUGACGUGAAGUUCUCAUCUAUAAACAUAUUGGGUAAUCGCGAAAGUGUGACGGCUGGGUCCGGCCAGGGCGAGUAUAGGGGGCUGCCUUGAAGACGGAGCGUCAUUGGACCGACUGAUGACGUCGAGUUACUAUACCCCGCUUUUUUUUAUAAAGUACAGUUAUUAGGUUCCAGGAUUUAUUACAAGCUCUGGGAUACAAAGGGACAGCAUCACUUGCCAAAGAACUGGACUCUGAGCUUGCAGGAAACUUGAAGCAGAAUUAGUCCAACGUUUUACUGUGAACGUCCACAGGAAAAUGAAUCUUCGUGUUUAUAUGGUGACAGGUCAAGGAUUCUCUACAAUGAAGUUUACUCUGAUGCUGGUGCUGCUCCUACAGUUGAUCGGCUUGGCCUUGUGCUUGGCACAGAAUGGUGCCUUCUACAUCAACGGCAAUGGCAACGGGAAUGGAAACGGCGAGUAUUACAAUGGCAUCAAGCUGCACAUUGAGACCCAGCAAGACCGGCUCUUUGCCUACCGAGGGGAGAACGUAACACUGAGCUGUCGCUACCGCUACGAGCCACCGGUGAACAGCAGCCGCAAGGUCAGGGUGAAAUGGUCCAAACUCAACAUGGAUUUUUCCAAGGAGUGCGACGUGAUCGUGGCCAUCGGGCUCCGGCACCGAAGUUUCGGGGAGUUCAAGGGGAGGGUCUACCUGCAGCAGCUGGACGAGAGGGAGGUGUCGCUGGUCAUCACGGACGUGCGGCUGGAGGACUAUGGGAUGUACAAGUGCGAGGUGAUUGAUGGCCUGGAGGACGAGAGCAGCAUCGUUGAGCUGGAGCUACGAGGUGUGGUCUUCCCUUACCAGCCGCGCCAUGGCAGGUACCAGCUGAACUUCCACGACGCCAAGCUAGCCUGUGAGCAGCAAGAUGCGAUGAUCGCCUCUUUCGAGCAGUUGUUCCAGGCGUGGGAAGAGGGCCUAGACUGGUGCAAUGCUGGCUGGCUGAUGGACGGGUCAGUCCAAUACCCCAUCACGGUGCCUCGAGGGCCCUGUGGCGGUGAGGGGAGCUCGGCCGGGCUCCGGAACUAUGGGCUGCGCCACAAGAACCUGCACCGCUUCGAUGUCUUCUGCUUUGCUUCGACUUUGAAAGGUAAACUCUACUUCAUGCGUCGCCCACUGAAGUUCAAUUUUGAUGAAGCCGUCAAGGCCUGCCAGGACGACGGGGGCGAGAUGGCCAAGGUGGGCCAGCUCUACGCUGCCUGGAAGUUCCUCAAGUUCGACCGCUGCGAGGCUGGCUGGGUGGCCGAUGGCAGUGUCCGUUACCCCAUCAACUACCCCCGGCCCAAGUGCGGCCCUCCCGAGCCUGGGGUUCGUACCUUCGGCUUUCCCAAUAAGCAGAUCGGGAAGUUCGGGGUUUUCUGCUUCAAAAUGACCUAAGCGGCAAGGGCAGCGGCUGUGUUGAUCGCAGGCGAACCUUCCGUAUUGUUUAUUGAGCCAGUGUUAGUGCUCGUCUUUAAAGGUGAAAUCAAGUUAUUUAAAAAAAAAAUUAAAAUAUAACCUUCCCUGAUACUAUCCCAGAUCCAUUUGAGAAAGAGUUACGUAGCACAGAAAGAGGCUGUUCAUUCCAUCCCAUUUUUGUCCAAGCCAAGAGUUAAUUUUUAAAAUUUUUAUUUAGAGGUACAGCACGGUAACAGGCCUUUCUGGCCCACUGCCCCAUGCUAGCCAAUUACACCAAAACACCAAUAUAUCUACUAUCCUGUAUAUCCUUGGGAUGUGGGAGGAAACCGGAGCACCUGGAGGAAACCCAGGCAGCCAGGAGGAGAGCUUACAGACAGUGGCAGGAAUUGAACCUGGGUUGUUGGCGCUGUAUUAUGUUAUGCUGACCGCUAUGCUACUGUGCCGCCCUUAACCAGCUGUUUAUUCUGCUCCCAUCUUUAUUCUCACCACAUUAACCUCGAUCUCUCUCUCCCUGGUUCUACUACUCACCCAUACUCCACGAGCAAUUUGCAGUGGCCAGCUAAUCUACCCUACACCUUCAGGGUGUGGGUGUACACAGAGGCAACCCGCGCAGAUUGCAGGGAGAUUGCAAUCUCCGCACGGUCAGCACUGGAGGUCAGGAUAAGACCCAGGUCACAGGGGCUGUGAGGCAGUGGUUCCACAAGCUGCACCAUUUUGCAUUCCCUUUUUUCUAAUCAGUCUGAACGUCCUCAUAAUCGUCUGUGCUGUCUCUGAGUUUUGAGAGGCUAUUAAAAUGAAGCAGUAAUAAAGCAUUUAAUACUGAAGGCUGGGAUCUCAAGUCACUACACUGUCAGUUAAUGUAUAUAUGACCCAAAAUGUUUCAGCUAAUCCCUUACUCCAAUCCUCAGCUCACUGCUUUCAGAAGUCCUUUCCUACUUUUGUUUUGCUAUCCAUUUUUAAUUCCCUGUUAGUUCAGCCACGGUUGUGUCUUCAGCCAAGAUUCUGGAUAGAUUCAGUGCUUCCUGCUACAACAGUAAUCCCAGUGACCAGACGUUAUUCAGGGGGAAUGACCCUACUGUGUUGGAGUGUUGGCCUCAGAAUUGGCAGGUACUUGAGCGAGAGUGAAUACAUCAAGCAAAUCAAAGAUCUGGGCCGUAUCUUAGGAUGCAAACCCUGACUUGCAUAUUUGUGAACUAAAUGUAUUUAAUACACAGUUCUGCAAGGUUGCAGUCCAGGUUUUGACUGCAAAUUUUGCAUCCAGACAACUAGGCCCAGGCAUUGUAUGUCUAAAUUAGGCCUUAAAAUCAACUUGUAUAUUCAAGCCUCAAUGUGAAGGCCCAUUGAGGGUUCAAUAUGAACAUUUCACAGAUGAUCAAUCUUAUGAUAGAUAACUUGUUGGGCGUUAGAUACACUGAAGGUAUUUCUAAUCCCCAUAGCAAGGUAACACUGGAUCACAUUCAGAUGAUUUCCCAACCUUAAACCAUUGUACUUAAUUGCCGCACGUUCCACCAUGCUCAACCGGGAUCAGUGCCCCAGCUGUAGUAUGCCGCAAAGUCAACAAGGGAGUGUCCAGAGAUGUAGAGAGGAACUUAACAAAUAGAACAGAUGCAUGCAGAUGCACAGGCGUACUCGCUAUGUGUGUGUGCGUUUAUCUUGGUCAUAUGUUCAAUCAUUUCUGAGUUGGUCUAUCUCUGGCCUAUUGGAAGUUGUCGUACACCUGCUUCACUCUCAUUGAUCAGCCUAAAGCAACCAAAUCUGGUGAAUCCUAGGUUUAGAAGAGCCCAGUUUAGAGUGGAUGGAGCCUUUCCUGGCCCCGCUCAAGAGUUUCCCUGCUUUCUUAAGCUGGACAGGCCAGUACGCUCCAGUCUUGGUGUAAUAGUAGCCUGAAGGCCAUUUUAUUGUUCUCCAUCACGUUACAGUAUGCAAGGAGCUGAGUAAAAAGCCAGUUCUUUACAGUGUUCUCACGAAAUGUAGAUUCAAAUAUUGAUUUAAAUUCCUCUGACUUCUAACACAGUGCUUCUAACUACUAGCGACCAAAUGAAAUGUACGAAUGAUAUAAAAUAGCCGACCUGAUGACGAAGGUUAACUGUUUAACAGCAUGGCAAUAGGUAGUCAACAACAGCUAUGAACUUACAAGUAAGCAGCGAGAUUUCGUUAUUAGAAAUAAACCACCAAACCAAAUCAGGAAGGACAUAACAGAGCCAGUUGAAUAUUUCUUCUAGUGUUUUUCCCUUUAUAUCCUGAAGGCCUCAGCUCUGAUUUGAUUAGACAUUUCUUUGGUACACUAUUAAGAGAUCACUUUCAUGUAUGAGGUAGAAAAUGAGUUUUGGCUAUUUAACCACAGGAAGGGGUACCAUGGAACCAAAUCCUUCCCUCAUCCAAUUUAAAAAAAAAGAUUAUAACCUUCUCUGAUAUCCCAGAUCUGUUUGAAUUAGAGAUUCUUGCAGCAUAGAAACAGGCUCUUUGUCUCACUCAGUCAGCUCCAAGAGCUGAUAUGUCCAAUGAUCAUUGUUCAUCGCUGGCCGAUUCUCUGAGAUCAGGAGCAACAAAGCUGAUGGUGAAACUCUUGGACUCUUCCUUGCUUGACUGGUCAUCAAGCCUGGACCCUUCAGGCACAUCUGCUCCAUGAGCCUUGAGGAACCAACGUUCCCUCCAUGCUCCAGGUGUGGGACUCCAGGACCAGUUUACAUUCAAUGCUUUCCCAGAGCAAUUUGUGUGAUUUCACCUUUAGAGAGCGAGCAAUUUGACCAUCUGAGAAACCAAUGGCUUCCAUUGGCCUGUUAUCCAGGAAGUAAAGCAGUGUAAUGACUAGAUAUUCAGAGGGACUGCAACAUGGGGCUUGUGAGGGUGGGAGUGGGGAUGGGCUGGAGAGGGAGGGAAGAAGGUGGGGUAUUAAAUUUUUUACCAAUUUUUAUAGAUAUUUUAUUACAUUUUAUUAGUUCAAAGCAGACUAUAUUAUAUCUCAAAUCUAUUUAGAUGCUCUAGUCAACCACCAUGCUGUAAUGCUAUUGAAGAGUACAAUAUUAUUUCUGUCUUCUGACCCGAUGCUCGGACACACAGGUAUCUUCCAAAAGAGUCAAGAAAUGGCAGAGAGAACGAAUCCCAACACUUACCAAAAUCUCAACCUGAUAAUGCUGACACCAAUGGGGGAAAGGAUGAAUCAUCCCAAGACAGCGUGGGGAGCCAGCUGAAAUUGUCCUAGUAUAGAGUGGGGAACAGGGUGAACUGUCCCUGUUUGCUGUGGGGACCAGGGUAAAAUGUCCCAGUAUACAGUGGAGAGCAGAGGUGAACUGUUCAGGCCAAAUGGGGGAGCAGGGUGAAAUAUCCCAGCAUACAGAACAAGAAUAGAGGUGAGUACCCCAGUACAGAAUGGGAACUGGAGUGAACUGCCCCCAGCACAGAGAGGGGAGCAGAGAUGAACUGUCCCAGCACAGCACGAGAGCAGAAGUGAGCGAGCUAACCCAGUGCAGAGUGGGGACUGUUGUGAACUAUCUCAACAUAGAGUGGGGAAACAUCACUUUUGGAAACAGUGCAGUUCUGUACAAUGAUCUGCCAACUGAGGUUGUGCAUACUGUAUUUGUGUAAACGUGGGUUUGAACGUACAUUUGUACUAAAUAUUUCAAGCUGCCUUGUGGUAUUUAUUCAGUAAUGUCACAUCGCUGAAAUUAAUCUCAUAAGGAUUUCUAAAGCUGCAACCCUUCUCCACUGUGACACAGAGAUCUACUAUUAUAGCACAGAUUCGGUGGAAUCUCCAAGAACUGUGUCUGUUUAAAAUAAAAGGUAAUUACUCUAAAGGGAAAGAACUCUCCACUUCUAUUGUUAUUUUUAAUGCUCCCAGUUUAAUUUCCUACAGUAGAUGAACAGGUAAUGUUAGGAUAGUAAGUUCCCUACAUUAGAGAGCAUGGACUCUGAAUGGUCUAGAAGAUGGCUAUUCCUUUCUACACCCCUGCUGUUCAUUACAGCGAAGUGCCCCAACUCCUCUGAUGGGUGCUGCCUGUUAUCCACAAGACUGUGCUUUCUACACGCAUGCCAAGUAGUACUUUACAUAGUGUCAAAUGCUCUUUUAGCCUUUUGGCUUCAAAGUUCAAAGUAAGAUUUAUUAUCAAGAAUACAUACAUGUCACCACAUGUAGCCCUGAGAUUCUUUUUCCUUGCGUCAUACUCACCAAAUCUAUAGACUAGUAACUGUAAACAGGAUCAAUGAAAGAGCAAGAGCAUUGAGGACAACAAACUGUGCAAAUGCAAAUAUAAGUAAAUAACAUGAAAUAAUGAGAUAGAGUCCUUAAAGUGAGAUUAUUGAUUGUGGGAACAUCUCAAUUGUGAAUGUAGUUAUCUUCUUUUGUUCAAAAGCUUGAUGGUUAAGGGGUAAUAACUUCUUGUUUCAGAGGGAGGCAUGGUGCUGUUCCUCUGUCCAAUAAGCCUACUGCAUUGGAAUAAAUCAUUCUCAGAAAUGGUGGUUUACUGUCCUUAAUGCAAAUUAAAAAAUUACAACGAAUAUACUAUAAUUAUGCACUGCAGUGCAUAUGUUUACUUUUGAAAUUCUCGGGAAUACAAUUCCUGAUUUCAGUUCCCAGGGGAAAAUGUUUGCAUUUGUAUAAUGCCUUUAAUGCCUAACAUACACCCAAGCUUUCCAAGAGGGAACACUGUGAAACAAAGAUCAACAAUGAGCCUCAUGAGAAGAUUAUUUACUUGGUAAAAGAAUUAGGUUUUAAAACAUAUUAUGAAGGGAAGGAGAGAGGUAACUAGACAGAGAUCUUUAGCAAGGAGGCUAUAGACCUUGGAGUCCAGAGCAGUGCUAUGGUGGUAGCACUGUUUGUUGAGUGGUGGCAAUGGAGAAAAGCAGAAUGCAAAGUUCUUAACAACGUGCAUUUACACACUGCUUUUAAUUAUGGAAAAUCAAUGGUUGCUGUGAUUUAAUGGAAUGUACAAAGAACAUCCAUUCCUACAAAUGGAAAAAAAUCCUGUUUCAGAAGCCUUUUUUUCUAAUUGAAACCAAGAAAUAGGAAAUGUGUGGUGACCAAAUCCCAUUUGUAUAUUGAAAAGCUACUGAAGUUCACUUGGACUGAAUGUAAAUAGAGGCACGUGGGGCAAAAAAAUCCUCCCGAGAUGUCUUCAGAUGCAUUAGCACAAACCGGCUGGCGGCUUCUCUCGUACGUAACUGACGGCCUAUAAACCUACUCACCUACAGGCACCACCAGUGCAUAGGUGGAGACCAAGCUAAUCUUUAGCUGGUUGUCAAGGAGAUCCGCACAUAAAGGUGAAAUAAGGGUGAUGCCGUACACUCAGUGGAAGAUAUGGAUUGUAAUCUUAAAUUCACAAUAUAUUGGCUGAUCAGGGAUCUUUCCAAUACCUGGUGACUGCACAGAAGUUGAAGUGGGUGAAGUCAAACACCAAAAUUCGUCAUUGUGAGACCAUCUUGGUCAUGGUAAUGAUGUUCUUCAUUUGGAUCCAUAGUUACUCUUCACUUUCCUGUUAUCUCAUGGUUACUGCAUACUGUUGUAUUAAGAUGUUGCUUUUAUUUUAUAUUAAAAAACAUAUCUAUA